GUGCGGCAAGUUCAGAGUUUUCCGGAAGGCGUUGAGGCAGCGGUGGCGCAUUGCGACUAGCCGAGACAUCGACCGACUGCUACGCAGGCUGGGACACCAUUUAUAAAUCAGCUUCCAUUCAGCACACUCGGCUGGCCGAUUCUGAUGUGUGAGGUUAGUGGUAUUUAGACCACUGCAGCUACAGGACUGAAGUGCCAUUGGUUUUCACAAUCAUUCACGUGCGGUGUGCUUUGGUCGGCAUUCACGACUUGACAAUGCGGCUGCAUACUUCGAAAAAUGUGUCCUGGAGGUAGCUUGAGCCAUAUUUCAGCCGCGACCGUACAAGGGCGAGUUAUUCAAAUUUUGAUGAGAGGCUAGGUCGACUGGUACCAAGACACGACAUGGAUAUCAUCGCCAGGCUGCCCGAAGCCGAGUCCCCUACUGGCCUAACCUUCGAGAACCUGAGCCACCUGGAACGUGUGUUCCGCGAAGCAGUCGGACCCGGGCAAGAGUUGAACCGAGAACAGUUCCGACAGAUCGUGCAGUCUCGCAACGCCUUCUUCGCCGAGCGCAUGUUCCAACUGUUCGAUACCGACAAAUCUGGCACCAUUUCGCUGGACGAGUUCAUCGCAGCUGUGAAGCGCUUCGCCAAAAAGUCGCAGGACGACAAGCUGACUAUCCUGUUCCAGCUUUAUGACGUCGACGGCGAUGGUCUCAUCCAACCGCAGGAACUUAGAGACGUGAUGCGAGCGUGCAUGGAAGAGAACGGCCUGCAGUUUACCGAGUACGAACUCGACGAAUUGACCAACGUGCUCUUCGAAGACGCCGACCGCGAUGAAACGGGCUCUGUCACCUUAGACGAACUCCGCUGCCAGCUGCAGAGCAGACCGGGUCUUUACGAGAACCUGACGGUCAGCGUCGAACGCUGGCUCCUUCCACCCUCAAGUCGCCGUUCCGGGAAGCCAACGCUUACGUCGCGUUGGCCCAAGAAGCUUACGCGGAUCUACGUGAGGAACAACUCAGUAAGCGUAGCUUUCUGCUUUUUCUUCUUCGCCCUCCAGUUGACGGUGUUCCUGAGUCGCAUGGAAGCCGAAUCGAUGAAGCACCGGGACCUUAGAGAGAGCAUCGACCGCUACUGGUUUCAAGUGCUGACCUGGCAGAUGGCCGCGCUGGCCGGGUUGAAUCAUUCCGGCGACAGUAACUAUUUCAGCACUCAGGACGGCGCCGAAGUCGAGUGGAUGCCUGACCCGCCAACGAUGGGUCUGCACAGCAAGUACGAGCUGGUGGCCCGCGAGUUCGGCCAGCUCCUGAACUUCGUUUGCGCUUUCACGGCGCUUCCAGUACUGAGACACUGUGUCACCUGGCUUCGCAGCCACGGUGCGGGCAGGUUCCUGCCUCUGGACAGUAGCAUAUACUAUCACAAGCUGACAGGCUGGUGCAUAUUUGUGUAUAGCGUUCUUCAUACUCUCGCUCACGUGUUGAACUUCGUUCGCCUGUCUAAGGGUGACUGCCACAUGCUCGCUCUCUACUUGUUUACGACCCAUCACGACAUCGGCUGGGUAGGCGGCACUGCGUCUCUGACCGGGUGGGUUCUUCUAGUAGUCCUCACUGUGAUGGUCGUCUGUUCGCUGCCUUGCCUGCGUCGCAGCGGCCGGUUCGAAGUAUUCUACUUCACCCACCUGCUGUACACCGUCUUCUGGUUCGUCUUGGUACUGCACGCACCCAACUUCUGGAAGUGGUUCCUUGUCCCCGGUCUGCUGCUCGCGAUGGAGAUGUUGGUGCGUGCCUGCCGGUUCUUCAGCUCGUACGGCAUGACGACGGUGCUCAAGGGGGUCAUCCUGCCCUCUAAAGUCAUCCACCUCGUGCUGAAGAAGCCUCCCGACUUCGACUAUCACCCCGGUGACUACAUCUACCUCAACAUCCCGUGUCUGGCGCGAUUCGAGUGGCACCCGUUCACCAUCAGCAGCGCGCCCGAGAAGGACGACGUCAUAUGGCUUCAUAUCCGCUCCUUUGGUGGCUGGACGAACCACCUUUACCAGUACUUCGACAACUUCAGGCGCGAAGCCUCCGAGCUUCCUCCAUCCGGAAGGGUGAGCGCCUCGGAUUUGCGGCUGCGUUCAAUGGACGGAAUCGAGGGUGCCUACCUGGACAAGAACAGGCUCAGGGACUCGGAAAGCGUGGUGCUCAUGCCCCGGGGUACGCAGCCGAGGGACAGCUGCGCCUUUCUGGACACCGGCCACGAACUGGAGGCCAUCGUCGGCAGAGGCCUCGAGACGGGGGCGCGCUACGCCGACUACACGAGCCUGAUCAUCGCCAGGAACCCGUUGACGGUACGCAUCGACGGACCCUACGGGUCGCCUUCGAGCCACAUCUUUCAAGCUCAGCACGCCGUCCUCGUCGCUGCUGGCAUUGGAGUGACACCGUUCGCGAGCAUCCUUCAGAGCAUCAUGUACAGGUAUUACCAGGCACGCUCCACGUGCCCGCAGUGCAGCCACUGCUGGGUCGAGAAGCUCCCGAGCAGCGUCAUGAAGCUUCGCAAGGUGGACUUCAUUUGGAUCAACCGCAGCCAGCAGUCUCUCGAGUGGUUCGUGCGUCUGCUGAGUGACUUGGAGGCCGAGCAGGCGCUCCUGGGCGACGUCCUCGAGCGGUUCCUGGACGUUCACAUCUACAUCACGUCGGCGCUGAGUCGCACGGACAUGAAGGCGGUGGGUCUGCAACUAGCGCUAGACCUGCUCCACGAGAAGGACAAGCGGUGUCUGAUAUCGGGGCUCAAGAGCCGGACCCAGCCCGGCAGGCCCGAUUGGGAGAAAGUUUUCCAAGGGAUCAAGGAACAGAAGAAAGGCAAGGUGACCGUGUUCUACUGCGGACCGCCAGCGUUGAGCCAGAUCCUGCACGAUCACUGCAACCGGCACCAGUUUGCGUUCCGCAAAGAAGUAUUUUAAAGAACCCACAUAGUGUGGUCGUGUAGAUAUUUUCUCGAUUUUAUGGUUUUUGGCUGAUGCCCUUGUAGCAAUAGCUGAGCGAUAGCGACAGCUGGUAAUGUAGACUGUUAUUUUAUGGUUGCGUGUAUUUUAAGGAAUCCCGGAGAUACGUCCGCAUGUUAUUGCCGUUUGGUUACAUUUUAGCAAGCUGGUUGCGUUGAUUGUACUGUUAACUAACACUAAGUGUUCACGGUCAUUCUCUUAUACAAAUGUUCUUAGCGUCACACGAUAAAUUAAAAAAUAGGCUGAAAGUGUGCGGUUUUUAACGAAACCAAUAAAACUGUUAUGGA